AUGUCGGCCUUCUUCGGUCUCACUCUCCUCGGCUCAAAAAGUCCUUUUGACAUCGUGAGAGAAACACCACUUCACACCUUUCAGGCACGAGACUUUCAAGACGCCUUUAUGCAGACUUACCGACCCGGUUUCUCGGUGUAUUCUGAAAGCGACGAGGAGGAGCAAGCUGCGAUUUCCGAGCUUGAAACUGCCACCAUUCAGCUUGCGCAGUUGCCAAUCAUGCUGCGGUACCUUUAUAAAUGCCCCAAAGGCGUCGACAAUGUUCCUAAUAGCGUUCGGACGCUCGUUAUGCAAGCUUUUGGUCAUGCAUACGGCGCUGACGACUCAUUGUUAAUUACUCUUCCCAUAUUUCUUUCCCAAAUGGACGAACUCUGUCGCACUUCAAAAUCCAUGGAUUCCUCCAAUUUGCGAAGUGCGUAUUCAAAAGACGGUCCGCCAACCCGUGAGUUUGUGUCAAAUCUCGAAUUUAGGUCCAAAAUGGUUAAGCAUCACCGUAUGGAGAAGGAUCCGCGUGAAAAGGCUCUUGUACCCAUUUCUGACUCCAUGACGCUUGGCUGGAAUUCACCUACGUUGACCACAAAGCGGAUGUCGACUAAAAGUUGCGAGGAGACGCGUUACGCCAGUGCUAUGAUCAAAGCUGGUGUCUACUAUUACUAA